CGAUUCUUCACACCUGACGCAAGGUUUGUCGAUGUAGCACAGCAAACGCCGCACAGCGCACACCCCGCAGUUAACCGUCAUCCUUCUUCCUUGAUUCCAACAAUCACUGUUGUAACGCUGGUUUCUGCAACCUAAAUACAACAACCUACGCCUCCUUCACCCUAGAUUCACUAGCUUUGAGAACAGAUUGCUUCUAACAAAGUCUUACGAACACAAGUCCUCAAUUCCACACGAACUACUUCACAACAUCAAAAUGCCUGCCAUCACCACAACAGAUAUGAUCAAGCGAUCGCUCAUCGCGCUCGGCGAUCCAAACACCGCAGCCCAAGCCCUCCAUCUCAUUGCGCGUAAAUCCAAAAAGAAGGCCAAGAAAACCAAGGUCUCGGGUGGAGCCAUCGCCGGCAUCAUCAUCGCGGUCAUAAUUAUCAUCAUCAUCAUCCUGGUCGUCUUGUUCAUCAUGCGGAGACAGAAGAAGAAGAGGGCGCAGCAACAAGUACAGAUGCAACCGCAGCAGCAGAUUCCUUAUGGACAAUAGGGAGAGCAGAGCUAGCGCAAUCCUGUUAAUUUGGGUUUGCACAUGCGCGCUGGGAGUAGUGCGCUAGGCGACGUGUAUCAUAUCUAAAUAGCUGUAUAUGCGCUUGGUCGCCGAUGUGGUCGGGAAUGGAGCUGGUCAAUGGCGUGGCAUGGCGUCGUGGAAAUACGUCCUAUGUAGUGCUAUUUUUGUUCGUAUCCGAGGGUCUAUGGUUAAACGAAGCAGGCUUUCCUCUCGGAUUUCCUCUUCUCUCUCCUCUCAUACUUCGUGGGGGUUGGCUCUGAAUGCUAUAUUAAUGAUGCCAUUCACUUUUUCAUUUCUACUGGUCAGACAAGUGAGUUGCUCGCAGAGCGGAAUAUGUUGU